UGUCGAGAGGGGAAGCUGAGGGAUGAGCACCGCGGUGCCACCAUCCCCCUGCGGCCCGGCUCACACGCACUCGCUCGGGUGUUUCCGGCCGCCCCGCUCCGGCCACGCUCGGGUAUUUCCGGCCUCCCGCCGAGCCGUGCCCAUGUCGGACGCGCUCGCCGCCACUGCCGGCUCCCGCUCCGAGCCCCCGGGCGGCGACACCGCGCCCCGGGGCCCCGCAGAAAAUGAAGACUCAGCCCAAAAGACAGAGCCUGCAGAUCAGCUAGCUCAUUCUUUGGAGUCCAGUACUUCACAGAGCGGGUCACAGGCUGGGGCGCACCUGAGUGCCGACACCACAGAGCGUUCGAAGGAAGAAAUUGGCUCUCUGGGGGACCAGAAUGUGGCUGUACUAGAAGAGAAGCUGCCUGACCAAAUCCAGUCUCUCAGAAAGGAAGCUGUUCGAUUAACCAGCUACCAUGUACCUCAGGGAGUAGGGGAUAUAGUCAUGAUUCAGUCAGAUCACACUGGUGCUGUGGAUAUCCUUUCAGCUGAGCUGGAGACUGCAGACCUCCUUGGGGAGCAGAGAAAAGCUCAGCCCCCACCUCUGGCUGCACCCACCAUGUGGACCACUGAGAAGAUGAAGGAAUUCAAAGCCAAGAUGGGAAAGGAGAAGAAUGGCCGGAUGGUGGUGAAGCGAGGCGAGGUGGUGACAGUCCGUGUGCCAACCCAUCCUGAUGGGAAAUGCAUUUGCUGGGAGUUUGCUACGGAUGACUACGACAUUGGGUUUGGAAUCUAUUUUGACUGGACCACAGUUACUAGCACUGCCAUUACUGUUCAGGUCAGUGAAUCCAGUGAUGAGGAGGAUGAAGAGGAAGACGAGGAACUUGAAGGACUGUCCCCUGUGGGUGAUGUGGAACGGGGUUCCAAAAGCUAUCUGCGGAACCGCUAUGGAGAGGUCAUGCCUGUGUACCGCAGGAACAGCCAUCGGGAGGUACAGGCAGGCAGCCACGAGUACCCGGGCGAGGGCAUCUACCUGCUGAAGUUUGAUAACUCCUACUCUCUGCUCCGCAAUAAGACUCUGUUCUUUCACGUCUACUACACUAGCUGAAGAAGAGGGAAGGGGCAAGGAUGGCAGGCAGGUGAUGGUGAGUGUAGCAGGCUGCCACCCAGCCCUGGUACUGCCUGACGGGCCCUGCUGCGCGACAGAACCACGGUGCAAUUCUGCCAGCUCUCCUUUGGACACGAACUGGUUUCUCCCCACAGCCUUCUUCCCCACUGUCUCAGGGGAGAAAGGUAGUUGUGACUGCCUGGUUGUUCCCAGGCAGCUGCUCUUUCUCUAAACUUUGGGAGGUCUGCUCCAUGCAGGCAUUGGGCUGGGCCUUCAAGUCGCAGCUGGCAAUUGCCCAGAACUCACGUUCAGAUGGUUGUGGUUCUGAUCUGUUGUGCUGGUACAAAAUGAAGUGAAAAUAAUGUUA